AUGAAAGAUGCUUAUGUGCAAAAGCUUGCUGAAAAGGAUGCAUAUAGUGUUGAUAUACACGAAGAUGAUGAUAUGCUAAAAGAGGUGCAAGAAAUUCAACACAUUAAAAAUGGGAAAAGGAGUGAGGCAGCUUCAAGUGAAGCCUCAAAUUGUAAUACUGCUGCUGCUGCCAAGAGAGUUAAAGGCCCCUUGGAUUUACUUUUUUUUAAGAAACCAGAAGCAAGCAUUAAAGUGGGCAAAGGAAAGAGGCAAACAAGCAUAAAUGAUGCUUGUGAUAAAGAAGCAAGGGCUAGAACUAUUCAAUACAUUGAAAGAUUUUUGUGUACGAAUGGAAUACCUUUCAAUGUUGUACGUUCAAAAAGCUUCAAGUACAUGGUUGAAGCAAUUGGGAAUUACGGUCCAAGUCUAAAGCUCCCAAGUUAUUAUGAGUGCAGAAUUCCUCUACUUAAAAAGGAAUUGGAUUAUACCAAGGAUUUAUUAAAAGAUCAUGAGGUACAAAGAGCCAACUAUGGAUGUUCCAUUAUGUCGGGUGCAUGGACUGAUAGAAAGAAUAGGACGUUGAUAAAUUUCUUCGUGAAUUCUCCAUCCGGGUCUAUGUUUGUGAAGAGCAUUGAUGCUUCUUCUUAUGUCAAGAGUGGAUCAAAAUUAUUUGAGCUUUUAGAUAAUUUUGUUGAAGAGAUUGGGGAGAAAAAUGUUGUUCAAGUGGUGACCGACAAUGGAAUCAAUUAUGUAUUGGCUGGAAAAUUGUUACAAGCGAAGAGAGAAAAUUUGUUUUGGACUCCAUGUGCUGCACAUUGUUUGGAUUUGAUGCUUGAAGAUAUUGGAAAAAUUAAGAGAGUUAAAAAAGCAAUACAAAGAGGCAUCAAGCUUGUUGGGUUCAUUUAUAAUCACACAUUGGCAUUGAACACAAUGAGGAAGCAUACAAGCAAGACUGAAUUAGUUAGGCAUGGAGUGACAAGGUUUGCUACAACUUUCCUCACAUUACAAAGGCUUCAUAAGCAAAAAAAUAAUCUUAGAAAGAUGUUCACAUCAGAUGAUUGGCUGAAAUCAAAUACAGCAAAAGACCCUAAGGUAAAAAGGGCGACUGACACUGUACUUAUGCCAUCAUUUUGGAAUGACGUUAUUCAUUCUUUAAAGGUUAUGGGGCCUCUUGUGCGGGUGCUUAGACUUGUUGAUAAUGAAAGAAGGCCCGCAAUGGGAUAUAUAUAUGAAGCAAUGGAUAGGGCCAAGGAAGCAAUUCAAAAAUCUUUCAAUCGAAAUGAAGAUAAAUAUAGGGAUGUUUUUGCAAUAAUUGAUAGAAGAUGGGACUGCCAACUUCACCAUCCAUUACAUGCUGCAGGCCAUUAUCUAAACCCCGAAUACUUUUAUGCUAAUCCAAAGAUUGAUGAUUAUGCUGAAUUGAUAGUUGGACUAUAUAAAUGCAUUGACAAGCUAAGUGCAAAUGAGGAAGAGGUGGACAAGAUACAUGGACAAUUGGAAAAAUAUAGGAGUGCAGAAGGCCUUUUUGGUAUGAAUACAGCAAUAAGACAAAGGAAUAAAAUUGCUCCUGCUCAAUGGUGGAAGUCGUAUGAAGCACAUGUUCCAAAUUUGCAAAACCUUGUUGUUAGAGUGUUGGGCUUAACUUGUAGCUCAUCGGGAUGUGAGCGUAAUUGGAGUACUUUUGAGCAUAUUCAUUCUAAGAAGAGAAGCAGGCUUGAGCAUCAAAGGUUGCAAGACUUAGUCUUUAUUAAGUAUAAUCAAGCUCUUAAAGAACGUUUUGAGAGCCGUGAUUUGGUUGAUCCUAUUGUCCUAAAAGACAUUGAUGAAAGUAAUGAAUGGUUGGUGGGAGAAGUGGGUGAAAAUGGAGAAAAUGAGUUCGUUUUUUAUGAUGAUACAUUGACUUGGGGAGAUGUUGCUAAUGUAACUGGGGCUAAUGAGCCUAUAACUUACACUAGGCAGCAUACUAGAUUCAGGAAGGAACCUGCCUCUAUGCCAUCAAGCUCUAGGGGAAUAAGGGCUGAACAGAUUGAAGAAGGUGAUAACCAAGAAAUAGAAGAUGAGGAUGAACAAAUCUACAAAUUUAACACUAGUGAAGAAAGUGAGGGUGGAGAAGAACAAGGCUUUGAAGAAAUGUUUGAUAGUUCUUUUCCUUCUUGA